AUGAAAGUUUUAUUAGCAGUAGAUGGAUCUCUAUCCUCAAAUCAAGCUUUAUUGGAAGCAUUUAAGACAAUUGAUAGUUCAAGAGAUAUUUUAGAUAUCAUAACAGUGGAUAAUUUUAGAACUUCACCACCUCAAGAUGUUGAUGCAGGUGAAAGAAUUUUAUUAGAAUAUGUUGAACGUUGUAAAGAUCAAGGUUUUAUUUUAGAUAAUAAUUUAAAUGCCCAAGUAUUACAUGGUGAUGUUAGACAUGAAAUAAUAAGAUAUAUAAAAGAGUGUGGACCAUUCGAUAGGAUUAUGGUUGGAUCUCGUGGAUUGAAUCCAUUUAAAAAGUUAUUAUUAGGUUCUGUUAGUGAAUAUUUAGUUCACCAUUCUCCAAUUCCUGUUUAUGUUGUAAAAUCUGAUGGUAGUUGUAAAGUAUCUGAUCCUGCUCUCUAG